CGAUUCUUCUCUAUCUUCACACCAUUUUCAAAGCUAAAAGCUCUACUCCAUUCGUACAUUAAUCAUUCCAUUCAUUCCCAUUCCUUCUGAAGAAUCAGCUUCUUCCCCACAAUUCUUACCCAUUUCAAGGGUCUGAUGUGCAGUGGCUCCAAGGCUAAACUGUGCUCUUUUGAUUUAGAUAUGGAGAAGAAAAAUGGGAUUUUGUGUAAGAGUUGCUCAAAGUUGCUUGAAUUAUCAGCCACAGAUGAUGUUGCUGGCUUCAUUUGUGAAGUGGAGGAGAAGGGUUGUGAUGUUAAUGAGUUGAGCCUUUGGUAUGGGAGGAAAAUUGGGUCAAAGAAGAUGAUGGGGUUGGAGGAGAGAACCCCCCUUGCAAUUGCUUCCAUGUAUGGAAGCACUGGGGUUCUCAACUAUAUUCUUGGAACUGGGAAGGUUGAUGUGAACAUGGCGUGUGGCUCCGAUGGGGCGACCGCCCUUCACUGUGUCAUCGCUGGGGGAUCCGACUCGUCUCUUGAGGUUGCCAAGCUGCUCGUUGCCGCUAAUGCUGAUGUUAACGCUCUCGAUGCCAAUGGAAACAAGCCCGGUGACUUGAUAGCUCCGUUUCAGAAAUUGUCUAGCAAUUUGAAGAGGAGAGCAUUGGGGCUGUUGUUGAAAGGAGGCGGCGAGGUUGAGCUUGCUGAUGAUGAGGAGGAAGAGCAAGUGAAAGCGGUGGCGCCUCCCAAAGAAGGGUGCGAGAAGAAAGAGUAUCCCAUUGAUACGUCGUUGCCAGAUAUAAAUACUGGAAUAUAUGGGAGUGAUGAGUUCAGGAUGUAUAGUUUCAAGGUUAAGCCUUGCUCGAGGGCUUAUUCUCAUGACUGGACCGAGUGCCCUUUUGUUCAUCCCGGGGAGAACGCGAGGAGGCGUGACCCGAGCAAGUAUACCUAUACUUGUGUCCCGUGCCCCGAGUUUAAGAAGGGGACUUGUGCAAAGGGAGAUGCUUGUGAGUUUGCCCAUGGCGUGUUUGAGUCUUGGCUUCAUCCCGCUCAGUAUAAGACCCGCCUGUGUAAGGACGAGACCGGAUGCUCGAGGAAAGUGUGCUUCUUUGCUCACAAGCCCGAGGAGCUACGCCCACUCUAUGCUUCAACGGGCUCGGCCAUUCCUUCGCCAAAGUCUAGUUCAGUGAGUUCAAUGGACACAGCAACAUUAGGCCCUUUGGCCCUCGGUUCAACCCCGCCUAUGUCACCUACGGUUUCUUGCUCGUCUCCGAUGGGCGGAAACACAUGGCAGAACAAGAUGAACUUCAUCCCGCCAGCAUUACAGCUUUCGGGUAGCAGGCUAAAGACGGCUUUGAAUGCUCGGGAUUUGGAUCCGGAUAUGGAAUUGUUUAGCUUGGAGAGUAUCCGCACACAGCAGCAGCAAAGGCAACAAUUGAUCGAAGAGAUGGCCGGUCUCUCGUCUCCAUCUCGCUGGAAUGGCGAUUACAACCGGCUCGGGGUCGGGGAUUUGAAGCCUACUAACCUCGAUGAUGUUUUUGGCUCCCUCGGGGAUUCUUCCUUGUCCCAUUUGCAGGGUCUCUCCCCAAAGGUUGCAAGAAGCAGCACCUCCCAGCUACAAUCCCCAACCGGCCUCCAAAUCCGCCAAAACAUGAACCAACUCCGAGCUAGCUAUCCUUCCAACAUCUCAUCCUCGCCCGCGAGGAAGGCGGCCCCCACAUAUGGAUACGAUUCUUCGGCAGCAGUCGCAGCCGCAGUCAUGAACUCGAGGUCUGCUGCCUUCGCGAAACGCAGCCACAGUUUUAUAGACCGGGGUGGAGUCAUCCCCCGCUCUUCCAACUCCCCGCCCUUGAUGACCUCCAAAAUGUCGGACUGGGGCUCUCCCGACGGGAAACUGGACUGGGGCUUCAACGGCGAAGAGCUAAACAAGCUGAAGAAGUCUGCCUCGUUUGCCACCCGAAACGGAAGCCCCGCCUCAACCCGAACAUCAUUCCUCCCGUCAUCUCACUCGGACGAGCCGGACGUCUCGUGGGUUCAUUCGUUGGUGAAAGACGUUUCGUCAUCAGAGCAGAAACGCAGAGUUCAUGACUCCGUCCCGUCCUGGAUAGACCAAAUGUACAUAGAUCAGGAGCAGGUGGUUGCUUAAGGGAAUCUCUGUGGCCAUGCAUUUUCUCCAUGGCUAAUCAAAUAGUAAUAUUCUUUCAUAUUCUUACUAAUAUGUUCUAAGAUGUAUGUAGCCAGUCAGUAGGUUCAAAGUUUACACCAACACACCCCCCUGUUGGAUGGGAACAGAAAUGGAUAGGAAGAACAGACUGAUCUUUAGAUUUAUUUGAGAAAAAACAGAUAAAUGUUUCUGGGUAUUCUUGUAUUUUAUUCAAUCUUUCUUCGGAUCAUCCAAUGUAAUCAACAAUAUGAAAUAAAAUUUUAAGAGAAUAUGUUUUCUAC